ACAGACAGUGAAUGCAGCGGCACAGUCUCUUCACUCUUUGUUGGAGUAUCUAACAGUUGUGUGCGAGGACGACGAAGUGUAAAGUUUUAAACACUGAAAAAAAAAAAGAAUAUUUCGACUGCUAUAAUUUGUUUUUCAUUGUUAUGUGCUGUCUUUACUCUCCACUGAGAAGAUGAGCGGCGGUGUGAAGCGGAUUGAGGAACAUGGAGAUGAGGAAAACAAAGCUAACGUCCGAUGCAGGCGGCUUAGACUCACUCUACAAGAUCAGGAUCAGUCAGGCUGCAUCUCGGAACAACACAGCAACAAGAACGGCAUAGCAUUAGUGGUACCACAGAAACCAGAGGAGCAGGAAGAAACACUCAUCACUCCCACAGAAGAAAAGGUUGAAGUCAUUAAGGUUUACCUCGAAGCCCGUCGAGAGACAGCGCAGAGUGUCAGGAUGUUGACGGACGAAGUGUCGCAGAUUCAGGAGGUGAGGUACUGUCUGAAGACUCUGAGAGAGCAGAUGGCAGCCAGACAGAACACGAACAACAACAAGUAUCCAGUCAAUGGCUUCAGAGUCCACAUGCCCAGCAGCCAACCAGCCAAUGGCAACACUGUUCUCCCCAAGUCAGACGCUCAGGUCGGGGAUAAUCAGGAGGACAGUGUGAGCCUCAGAGAGGCGACCGGGCGUCUCUAUGCGCAGCUGAAGGAGAUGGAGAAGAGGCAUCAGGAGGAGAGGGAGAGACUGCAGGCCGAGUCACAUGAGUAUGGCGUUCGUAUGGCUGAUCAGUCUGAGCGGCUGCAGAAGGCGGAGGAGCAGUCGGAGAAGAGGGAUCAGCAGGUGGAUGAGCUGCAGAGGCUUCUGGGAAGCAUGGAGGUCGAGAGUGGUAUCCUCAAAGACAAGAUGGCGGCAGGGGAGGCAGAGCUGCUGCAGCUCAAAGCAGACAGGGAGGAAAAGGAGGAGAAUCAGCAGAGGCGGGAAACGCUGGAGAAGGAGGUGGCCAUCCUGAAGGAAAAGAUUCAUCACCUUGACGACAUGUUGAAGAGUCAGCAGAGGAAAGUCCGCCACAUGAUCGAACAGCUGCAGAACUCCCGGACAGUCAUCCAAGAGAGAGAUCGGUUCAUCAAUGAUCUGGAAGAGAAGGUCGCUUUCCUGGAAGCUGAGAACAGAGAAAUGCAUGACCACAUGGAGUACUUCCUGACAGACCAGGACCCUCUGCCCCUGACGUCCACUGAGAACAAGCCAGAGAUUGUUUACAGUAAAACACUGACACCGACGACACAGACCAACAAGGCCCUCCCGUUCAUCAAAGUCAUCGAGAUCAAGUCCUGAAUGGAGUGACCAGAAGUAAAAUACAGAGUAAAUAUAUAUUUAACCACCCACCAAUCUAAAUCGUAGAUCUGCAGUUUGAAAAAAGGCUGGCUUAACCGACCUCAUGGUGACGAAGCACAUUGUUCUUAAAUUAGUACCUCAGUUACUUUUGAGGCUGUUCUGCGUACCUUCACUGACUCUGUGUCAAACAGAAUCUAAAAAGGUAAAGUAAAGGGGAACUCAAUCUAAGGUCCAAUGGGAGGAGGAUCCUAAAUGUAAAAAAAGGAAUCUUACUGAACUUCUCACUUGAUCUACAAAGACACAAAUCUGUGAAGUACAGAGUCAAUCCGCAAGUCUUUACCACAGUGGCAGUAGCAAGAGUUCAGUAAAGUUAGUUUUUCCCACCUCCACUUCUCUCCCAUGCAGAAAUGAACAUGUUUGAACAAGUCAAUGUAAAAGGUGGGUCGAGAUUUAAAACUGCCAUUAUUAUUUGUAAAUGUCUUUGUUACAAUAUACAAAUAAUCGUAUUGGAAUUUCAGCACUUCUUCAUCAGACAGCCUAUUGACCACAAUCCUCAGCUGCAGGGUUCAGGGUCAGAUUCCUCAGUGCUUUGCACCACAUUGUCAAUGGCAGGCAUGUAGUUGGCAAUGUCAAUGUUGAAAUAUGAUUUUAUGUUUAACUUAAAUAUAUUUCUCUGACAUUAGAGUGGGUCGAAUGUAAUAAGUGAUACUAUUUUAUAUUAGAAUUUCGACCUUUAUUUUAGUAAUGUUGAAAAAUACUUAUUAGAGGCUAAUUGUUGAGAUGAGAGGCUAGUUUUUCAUUCUUCUCUAUGUUGCCAAGUGCUGCCUCAACACCUUUUAUUACAAACCUGAUUUGUGCUAUAAGGUUGCAUAUUUAACAGCAACUCUUAACCGAUAAACUUACUUACAUAAGUAUGCAUUGUUUGUAUGGUAUCACUGUUUGUCUGUAUAAUUCUUUACCCAUUUACUGUGAACACUGAACAUUGAAGUUGUCUGUUUUUUUGUUGUUGACUGUCACAUUUUGUUUCUAUAUAAUGAAAUACCUGGUCUCUCACAUUAAUUUGUUGUACUUUUUUAAGUUUUUCAAACUUUUAUUGUCUCUGUUGUCUUUACUCUGUAAACCUUGUACUGCCAUCUAGUGGAUUUAUUAAAGACACUGAAAAUUAA